AUGCACAAGGACCGCCUGCUGGUGCAACCGCUCAGAGAUAACAUUCGUGUUAAACACUUCAAUGGUCACGUUUGCUCUCCGUUUACGAUUCCCCAGUCUCACCACAACACCGGUGUACCGGAUACCGAUUUCGUGCUGUAUGUAGCGGCAGGACCAGCUGUAUUUGCUAAUCUCGCCUGGGCAGUCACGUGUCAAUUUGACCCCAGUGGCCGCCCCUUGGUGGGUGCUGCCAAUUUUGAGUCUGUAAACACUAAGGACAUUUUUCAUGUCACACAUACCCUGGCGCACGAAAUACUUCACGUGUUGGGAUUUGAUAAUCAAAUAUUUAAAAACAGAAACAUGCUUGAUACUGUGUCUGUUCGCAAUAAGCCAGAAAGUAAUGUUCUGAAGUCGCCCAAAGUGGUAGAAGUCGCGAGGGCUCAUUACGGGUGCAGUACUAUGAAAUAUAUGGAGCUAGAAGACGUGGGUGGCACAGGGACUGUUGGCUCACACUGGAAGAUGCGCAACGCAAAGGAUGACUUGAUGGCUCCUUCCGAUUCUGCAGGUUUCUACACUGCCAUCACCAUAGCAGCGAUGGAGGACACGGGCUACUACAAAGGCAACUACCGCAAUGCUGAAAGUAUGGCAUGGGGUAAGAAUGCCGGUUGUGUGUUAUUUAAUGAGAAGUGCGUUAUUGACGGUUUUUCGCAGGUGCCGGAGAUGUUCUGUGAUAGUUAUAUCUUUCUCAAAAGUGAGUUAAAGUGUACAUCAGAUCGGAUGGGUAUUGGAGACUGCUUAAUUACAUAUCAUACUAACUUGCCAACAUAUUUCCAGUACUUUCCCAAUCGGGAAAAGGCGGGUAAAAAUCAAUUGAUGGAUUAUUGCCCAUACAUAAAAGCAUAUUCAACCUCUAUGUGCUAUAAUGGAGAUGAAAGUAAUUUCCCUGGUUCUGUGUUUUCAGAAUCUGCGCGAUGUUUUUCAGCUGUCACGAAGACUUCCAUCAGGAUAAGCGAUGACCAAAAUAUGCUCUCUAUUUGCGCAGACGUGCAGUGUGACAAGGUCACCUCGAGGUACCGUGUGCGCGUGAAGGGCGCCAGUGAUUUCGUGGACUGUCCACCCGGUACUACCCUUGUGCUUUCUGACUACAGUGGUGAGUUUAAAUCCGGCGCAAUCGACUGUGCACCAUAUGAGGAUAUAUGCUCUAAAAAUUUUUACACCAACUUUGACCUUGAAAUCACCAACGACAAAAACAUCAUCGAAAACAUAAGAGUUCCAUCCGGUACAACUCAAGGCAUGUACCAGUUGAUCUACACACUUGUUGCGGCGCUGACAGCAAUGGUUGUCCUCGCUGAAUAA